GAGAGAGAGAGAGAGAGAGAGAGAGAAACUAAUAUACUUCAAAUAAUAUUUGUCUAGUCAUUACGUUCACACUCCAAACUACGGUGUGUAUUUGAACUGCUUUGUGACAAUACAAACAUUCAAGUCCUGGCUAGUUGCGUGCACAAAAACAAAAUCAACUGGCAAUCAAGAAAUACGCAUGAAUAAAACAAUUACACAAGUAUUGUUUUUUCUAGGAAUUGUUUUAAUGUUUUUCUUUAAAUUAUAGAUGUGCUAAACAUACAUAUACAUAUAAAAACAUAUAUACAAACACACAUACACACACAUAUAUGUAAAGAGAGAGAUAGAGUGGUGACAGGGAGACAGAGAAAGAUAGAGAAGGAACAGAGAGGAAGAUAAACACACACACACACACACACACACCUAAACACCUACGCACGCACACACAUACACACACACAAAUAUAUAGCUAGCUGCAGGAUUUGCUCAAAACCAAUUUCAAAAUCUUCACCAGCCUGACACCAUCAAUGAGAUUUCUGAUUUCUUCUAUGGCUUUCGAAAAUUAACAUUUGAAAAUCUACACUCAUCUUAAAGAAAAUGAAGCUUAUUUUAUUGAGUAUUUUCCUUUCCACUUGCCACUUUAGCAUUAAAGGAGUGGUCCCUCAGCAAGAACGACAAGCAUCUUUCAAAGCAAUAAAUACUUGUGGCCUUAAUAGUAAGAUAGUGAAUGCAAGUGAGAUAAAAUACACAUCAACAAGAAUGCAAUGUCUGGACUUGUGUUCCUGGAAUUGGAAAUGCAAUGCAGUUACUCAUUGCAGAUAUGGAGCAAAAUUUUCUGUACAAUGUCAUCUCCAUGAAAAUAUCAAUAUAAUCCAUGACUGUAAGUACCAUGAAAAGGUUCCUGAAUGUUCAUCAUGGAAAAAGGUGACACCAUGUCAUAACAAUGGCAUUUGGCACAGGGAAAACAACACAUGUGAUUGCUUUUUUACCUAUAAAGAUGAAUACUGCAAAAUAUUCAGACCGAGUUCCUGCAAACAAGUAUAUCAAACAUUUAUUGCUGCUGGAAAAACACCUUCUAGCAAUAAGUUUGUUGUCUAUACUCCAGAUAAGAAAGCCAUUGAAGUAUUUUGCGAUUUUAAAAAUACUUUUGGUGUAACAUACAUCUCCAAAGACUCCUUGUUGAACAUGACCAAUGAUGAUCUGCAACUGUUUGUGCCUGACUCAAGUAGGUUUGUGAUAAGAUAUGCCAUUACAGAUGGAUCUCAAACUGAAGCAACUUUAAAAUUUGUAUCAACAUACUCAGACCACUGGAUUAUCACACUUGGAGUGAAUGAGACUUUGUCUAACCCACCAAUAAAUUAUCUACUGGAACCAUAUAUACAUAUCACUGGCUUGCCAAUUAGUUGCAUGAAUAAAGGUAUUACAAUGGGAUAUAAUGCUGAAGGAACUAACUUUACAUAUUCAGUUUGUGAUGAGAAUAAAAAUAAUUAUUUUGCUUUUUAUGCAAACGCAAACCAGCUGACACUAAAACAUUACUCAUAUGUGGGAAUGGUUGAGAAGUGGAAAAGCAAGACUAAAAGUGUUCCUUCAUCAGCUUUGUUAACCGAAGAAUUUUUAUAUCUUUUGGAAAUUUACUUUGGUGGUUGUGGUGGACUUGUUACUUGUAACGCAGAGGAGAAUUGUGCUGGAGCAUCUCCAGGUUUUAUCUUCAGUAUUCCUUAAGUAGAUAAUUCAUUGAUGUCAAAAGAAAGCAAAUCAGGACGGAAAACAAGAAAUAACAGAGUUCAAUAAUAAAUACAAACAGAAUAUUUCCCAACAAAUACUGAACAUUACACUGUUAUCAAUAAGAAGAUCGAAGAGCAAUAAACAUGCAUCAUAGAACAACACAUGGUAAACAUUAGAAAAUUCUGGAACAGUCAAUGAACAACAGAAAAUAUUAUGAAGCUGAGAUGAAUGAUAAUCUUAAAAAAGUAAACGAAAGUAUGAAAUAGAUAGCUGCUAUGUGGUGGUGCCUCAGUGUGACCACAGCCAACAGAGAGAGUGAGUCAUAAAGUAGACAAUGUAUGUAUUAGACAGCUUUUAAAUAAACAGUAUUAUGUAGAGAGCA